AGGAUGCCAGCCGUAUCCCUAACUGCCCUAAACAAGAUUGUUUGUUAGUUUGGGGUUUAUUCCUUAGCUUUGUGUUGGCGGAAAUGGUGCUCAGGGAGGCAAUUAAGAAAGUAAUUACGGAUAAUUCAAGCAAUAUGCAGGAAUCAGAGAGUAAGCCGGAGAUGGCACUGGUGAGCCGAGCGGAGGUGGCACAGGCCAAUGCCAUGGCUCGGCAACUCCACGUGUACAAACCAGGGAUUGACUUCGUACCUGGCGCCAGACUGGAGGUUUUAGACACAAGGGAUAAUAACUGGUAUCAGUGCAAAGUUGUGGAGGUGGACUGGGGUGAACUAGACAUCCUUGUCCAUUAUGAGCGUUGGUCGAAUCGCUUUGACGAGUGGCUCAAGAUGGACUCCACACGUAUUAGGCCGGUGGUUCGCAGUUCCUCAAGAAAGGAAAAAAAAGGUGGUAUAUUCCGCAUUGGUGACAAAGUGACGGCUCGAUGGGCAGCGGAUGGAAAGAGAUACCAAGCACGAAUCACGAAAGUGCUAGGAGAUGAUCAGUAUGAAGUGCUUUUCUUUGAUGGAGUGACAAAAGUUGUCAGAUCAGGAGCGCUGACGAAGUUUGAAAAAAGAUCCCCACGUGUCUCAUCCGAGCACAGCAGAGAUGGAGACGAGAUGAGCAAUGAUGGCGGAAGCCCCAGGAAGCAGAGCAUGGGUGAGGACGAAGAAAUCAUGCUCCUGUCUCCAGCAGCGACGACUGCAAGCUCCACCGACUCAAGACCUUCCAGCCCAGAGCCAGAUCAGACUGUGGGAGAGGCCGUAAAAGAAGAAGAAUUGUCAGAAGUGGAAACUGUCACAACUCCCGUCAAAAAGAGUAUAUUUGAAGUGGAAAUCAUUGAUCAGAAGAGAAAGCCAAAGCGGAAAGCUGCCGUGGAGGAGCUUUUCCAAUCCUUCAAGAAGAAGCGGAGAUAUGAGUAUCAUGGAAAGAAGGACGAUGCAUCCCCCAAGACACCACACACACCCCUUAGCUCCCAGGCCAAGAAGGCAUCAACCUCGAAGAAGAGAGGCAGAGACUCGAUGGGAAUUUAUGAUGAUGAUGGCGCACCCCUUGCGGGAACCUCAAAAUCUUGGGAGCCAUCACAGGAGGCUGCGGAAAGCACUUCUUGCGAGAGCCCUAUGCCAUCACAGUCAAUGAACACUGUCCUUGUGGACGUAGAAGACGGCUGGAAGAAAUGCUGCACAAGACGCACACAUGGCACAACGGCAGGAAAAUGGGACAUGUUCUAUAUUACGCCAGAGGGGAAAAAGAUUCGCAGUAAAAAUGAUCUCAGUCGAUACUUUGAGGAUGCUGGACUCCACUAUGAUAUUGACAAGUUUGAUUUCUCCGUGAAAAACAUGAAAGAUGUGAUUGAGGCUCACCUCCAGGAGAUGGAGCACAAGGAAUUGCAGAGAGGGAGUUACGCUGCCGCCAAAGAAGCUAAGGAAACACCCAAAGAACCGAAGGAUACUUCCACAGUUGAGCUCAAGCUCAAGGAGGAACCAGCUGACAUGAAGGAAGAUUUCACAGUCGAUCCACCAAGCAGCACAGCAAGCACAAGCUCAAGCAACAUCACCACCGGCAGUGGUAUCAGCGGCAGCAGCACUAAGCCCUCCCUCUCUUCCUCCAACUCCACCACCAUCUCUGCCUCCUCCACUUCCUCCACCUCAGCCACAUCUGCUUCGUCCUCCACCACUGCCCCAGCACCCCCAAAGAAACCUGACGGCAAGAGAACGGAGAGCAAGCAUGCCGAUACCAAGACUGGGGGCGAGGUGACAUCGGCAUCGAGGGUCAAGAUAGAGAUACCCAUCAUGCCCAAGACGGAGCCCUUAGGUACGUUAGCGUCAUCACUCCUCCACAGUCCCACGGGUACCCCCUGGCCUUCCCCCUCUGUGUCGCACGGAAACGCCCGCAUAUUGCCUCCUGCACCGUCUACAUCGCUAGCAGCUCUCGAUACAAUGGCAGACCAGAGCACAGUUGCCACAGGUCCCCAGACCUCUCAGCCAGAGAGUGGAACCCCUCCAACUGUCACUUCCACACCUACGUCAGCUUUGCCAGGGGUGGCCGGCUCGUCGAAAGCUACAGCAGCAGCACCACCUCGCGCCAAGCAGACAGUGAAGAAGGAGCCUGUUCGCGACAAAGCGUCAGGUUAUGUGGCACCAAAUGAGUUUGUGGUUCUUACUGAGCACAAUGAACACCAGUGUCCAAAAUCGGGAUGUGGCAAGAGCUUUCGCAAGGAAAAUUUGCUGCAGAUGCACAUCAAGCACUACCACCCAGAGAUCUUGAAGAAGAACAGCAGCUGGGCACCGAACGUGGCUGACCUGGCCUAUGCCCGCACUGUAGGGGACCACCUUGACCUUACUGCCUCUCCCACACACUCCUCCUCACCUGUUGAAAAGGUGCUGAAAGGCGAGUCUUUGUCCAAGAAAUCGUCACGGGCAGGUGCAUCAGGGAGCCCUGGAGACACCAAGCUCAAGAGCACAGAGAAGAAGGCAGCGGCCACACUGGGUGGAGCGUCCUCCCUGGCCUCAACACCUAAGCACCCCAAGGAGCCCAAAAAGAAGGAGCUGCUUAAGCAAGAGCCCAGCUUAGAAGGAUUUCCGAUAAAAUCUGAGGAUGAAUUGGAGGUGAAGGAGGACCUGGAUGACUACAUAGAUGACUUAGAGGAUGACUCUUCACUCAGAGGCCUUGUCAAGACCCAGGACCCAGACUAUGACCCCAAUGAGGGUGUAGAACAGACACAGAAGAAGAAGAAGUCCAAGUCAAAAGUCGAUCCCAAAACUAGUAAGAAGAGGAAGUCAGUGCCCUCAGAGAGUAUGAGUGAAGAUGACCAGCAGGAGACCAAAGCAGUGACUAAAUACAGAUACAGCAAGCGGAAGGGGUCAGCAGCUCCUAAAGUAACAAGUGAUACUGUCGUUUCUGAUGUUAGUAGUUCAAAUACAUCAGGCAAAAAACUGCAGUACAUGGAAGCAGAAUCCUCUGGGAUCGAAGUUGAGGAGGACACGACUGACACUUGGGUUGACGGUGGAGAAAGUGCAUCUGUGCAAGAAGCUCCGGCAGAAAUCAUCAACUGCGGCUGCGGCUCAGCUGAAGAAGAGGGUCUCAUGCUUCAGUGCGACGUGUGCCUGUGCUGGCAGCAUGGGGCAUGCUACAACAUCCUUAGUGAAGAGCAGGUGCCAGACAAGUACAUUUGUUCUCUCUGUGAUCACCCACGCCUUGAAAGAUCAUCACAUAAGUUCAGGCAUCAUCAGGACUGGGUCAAAGAAGGUCGUUUGCCUAGAUUCUCUUUCUCACGCACUCGCGGAGAUGCUCGACUGGAGACCUGUGUGAGGAGAGGGCAUGAGCUGACUGCCAAUGUGUUGCAGUUAUCGCAGGUUCUUCACUCACUGAGGCUCAAGUUGCAUAUUGCAAAGGAGGCAGAUCAUCCUAAAUUUGUGAUGUGGCACAAAAAGUGGAUUGAGAAGAAAGAGGGAAAUGGUCAGGGAGAGAAAGCAGGGACAUCAUCUGACCCAGAGACCAUUGGUCCCUUGCCAGCUGACCUGAUGGACAUUGUGGGUCCAGAUGGACCGAGCCUAAACCCUCCACCCCUGGGCAGUUCUGUCAUACCUGAUGAGACUCUCAACGAGGGCAUUGCCACCCCUGUGGGAAUGAGUCAAGCUGGUAUGCCCAAUCCUCCAAACACAAGCACCUCAAUGGAACUGGCGCUAACACCCACUCCAGCUUCUGGUGUGUGGGGGAUACCUGGAGACAUGCCGAGUGUUCAGCAGAUAGCAGACCAGACUUUUGAGAGUGCUGUUCCAUCCACUGAGUUCUCCAAGAAGGUUCCAGCAAGUGAUGUUGCAGAGAUAGAAGGGGAGACAAUACCAGGUGCCAACCAGAACAUAAAGGAAGAUGUUGGGGGGAGUAAGACUGAGGAUUUGGACACUUCGGAGAGUCAGGCAAGCUCAACUGAGGCAACACGGGAAGUCACUGAUACAAGCAAAGAGGGAUGUCCUCCUGAUACUUCAGAAAUUUCGUCUGCAGUCUCUGCAGAAGAAAAGACAGGCAAGGAGGAGAAUAAAGAACAAAAGAUGACCAAAGAACAGAUGGAAACAGUUGAUGCUUCAGAUAACUCGAAAGCUAACAUUACCAACAAGCAUUCAGAAGUUUCCAAAAAGGCUUCAUCAGAGACCAGUUCUGACCAGAUACCAACCAAAACUCAGUCUGAGCCUCCCACAAUAUCGAAAGAGGAAGGAGAGACUGAAGCUUCAGAGGAUACCAGGAAGAACUUGAGUUCAGAAGUGAUUCCUGAAGGUGGACCAACAAGUGAGUCUCUCACUACUGACAAAAGGAAAGAGACUCAUGAUCAAAGAGAAGGUACUGAUUCAGCACAGGAAACAUGCACUCCAGAAGAAGAAAAGCAAGGGGAAGAGAUUAGAAGCAAAGAGGCUAAGAAUUCAACAAAGGAGGAAAAUGAAGAAGACCCUGAGGCUAACAAGAGUCAAAAGGAUGAAGCAGGAGACAAAAAGGACACAGAGAUUGCAGAAACAAAGCCAUCUGGAGACACCAAGGGGACUGAGAGUGAAGAAACAAUAGAAAAAGAGAUGACACAAAACCUUGGAGAUAUUGAGCUCCCCCAAGAAGAGGACAUAGUUGCUGCUGAUCUGCCACAGACUGAGGAAAUUGAUGCCCCAGGGGAUGUCCUAGAUGAUGAUGAUGAAGCCCAGCUGGAUGAUGGAGAUGAUCUUGCUGCAGCUCUGCUGUCCUCGCAGACAGAACUGGAACAACUAGUAACACAGGCUAGUUCUGCCUUGUCUCCUCAUGUAUCGACACCCAGUCUGGAGCCACAAGUUGUGGCUCCCAUUAUCCCUGAGGCUGAGAGGAUUGAACCUGUGAACUGUAAGUUGAACCUCUUGGAACACGUGCAGGUCAUGCAGAGCAACAUAACCAAAAGGUUUGAUGAGAUUGAAAAACAGCUUGAAGUGCUGGAAGCGGAGAUGGGGCUCUCAGGUGACACGGGAAAUGAUGACUGCGAAGAGGAAAGUGAAGAACGGGAUCCUGCGACGCUGCAAGCCAGAGCGCUCGUCAAGCUCAUUCUCAAUGACAUCAACACAGUGAAAAAGAUUGCUGAAUUCACCCACUAGGGUACAAAGUAAUAUAUUAUUAUGUGACAGACCUCAGUGAUUUUGAUCUCAGUGCAAAGAUUUGUUUGUGAAUACUGUAGUGAUACAGUGAUGAAGCCAUUCUAGACUAACCCAAGAUACUGAAUUUCAGUAUUGUAUGGUGGGAAAUUUGACAAAUAGAAAACUUUGGUUGUUGUGUAUUUUUCUUUCCCGUGCAAAUGAAAUGAAUAGAAAUUUCUAUUACAUGCAAGAAAAUGCAUUUUGCAUCUGUGAAGACUGUAAAGCUCAUAGAUGCCAAAACUAGUUAAUAAAAGUGAUAUUGACAAACUUUAUCUCUAAAGAGGGGAUAUCACAUAGAAAGGAAAUACAGUUCAUGUGUACUAGGAAAGAAAUGAAAAGUACUAAUAAACCAAUUAAAAAAGUGAGAUAAGGUACAUUAUUGAUAAGGUAAUUUUAUCUUUUAUUAAAACAAUUCAUAACACAGUGAAUGUGUGCUAAACUUCAGAUGCUGAAGGAAAGUGUUUUAUUUCAAAAACAUUAGGCAGUGUGUAACUGGCAGCGGUGAGCUCGUGUGGUAACUACAUUAGAAAUCAAAAGUGAUUUUGUGGUAAGAACCACAAACUAAGUGUUCCUCAGAACAGGACUCAUCCUGUUGUUAAACUGUGGGAAAUAUUAAAUAUCCAAAUGUAUUUAUAUGUGCUUCCCAUAAACAGUCAUGGGAACUUGUGAGAUAAAAAAUUCAUUUGCAGCCUCAUUUCUGACAAAAAUAGAAAAGUUAUUCAGACUGACAGUAUGAUAUUCUAUAUAAAAAUAAGAGUGAAAUGACUCUUUUGCAGUACAUUCAUACAAUAAGUAUAAACAUAGAGAGGGCUUAUGGGAGGUGUCACACGUGCAUGAAAAAGUAUUUCUGGAAGAAUGUAGUAACUAGAUGACAGUGCAAUUAGCAGAGUGUAUAGUGAAUGAUUAACUAAAGAAUAUAUAUUAAGCUAUUAUAUAAAUUUGAAAAUUACCUCAAUUGCCAUUAUGGCAAGCAAGUUCUAUUUUGAACUUGCACUUGACUAAUACCGGCCUUUACGAUAGAGGAGUUUAUGGUCAGUGUUUGAUGUAAAAGUGAAUCACAAGAAACUGACUCCUAGUAGUUCUUUUUAGAUAUGUAAUCCAUUUGCAGAUGCAAUGUGGAAUUUGUGAUGCAUUUGUAUUUUUCUUCAGUUCUUUAUAUGUAAAUAUGAUACCUAUAGUAAUGGUUAAGUAACGUCUGAAUUUAUUGUUUAGUUUCAUUUACACUUGUCUGAAUUCAUCAAAUUUUCUGAUAUGUUCAAGAUGUUUAGCUGUGUUUUCACAAGUGCUGGAAUCAUGGCUACUACAGUUAUAUUGUUCAUUAAUGUAAGUAAUAAAGGAAAUAUAAUAGCAAAAUUAGAUGGUUAUCUUAAUAUAUGCUAAAGUCUUGUUUUCACACAAUAGGAUGCAGUUGGCUUCCUUGAAUAUGUUUUAUAAAUUAAUUAUUGCUUACUUACAUGGCCACUAAAUAGAUACCACAGAAUACUUUGUAUUUUGAGAAAUUAUUGUGGACUUUUAGAAAAUUGAAAGAAGUGAAUUGUCUUCAAUACAUGUACAUAUAAAUUCCUAUGAAAUUUGUAAAAAUUAAUCCUCAGUACUAUGUUUCUGGAAAAUUAAACAAAUGAAUAGCUGUUUUUUUGUAUUUUGUAUAUGUAUGUACUGUAUACAAGAUGCUGUAUAUUAUGAUAUCAAGGAAAUUAGCGAAUGAUCUCUGUAUCAUUGAUAGUACAUGUCUCUCAGUUUUUUCCCUGUGUGUUUUUUGACACAUCGUAGGUCUUGCUGAUGCCUUGCUCUGUAAAUUAUUACUCUGAAGUCCAAGAAGAUGUAUGAUGAUUAUGAGUACCACACUUUCUGUGCAAAGUUAUUCAAGUACAAUUGAUUUGAUAUAAGAAAUAGAAUUUAGUUGUAUAUUUGUCAUAGUAAAAAAUAUACCCCAAAAUUAUA